AUGUCGGCCAUUCAAUCAAGUGUUGCCUCGUUGGCGCGCCGCGGCGCGAGCUCUUCUCUGCGCACCGCCUCACGCCAUAGUAUCGUCUCAUCAUCAUCAUCAUCAUCCAGAUCGAGGCUGCUUUGUACAGCAGUGUCACCAGCAGCCGGUUUAAACGCAGCGAAUUCAAUAACAAAGUCUUUAAAUAACAACAACUAUAAGCUUUGGAACAGUCCCUUGCGGCAGUACCGAAACUAUAGUUCGCAAGAUGAUCAAUUGAAACAAAUCGGAUUCGAAGAUAUAAACACCAGAGUUACCGCAGAUCCCUCCUCAUCAGCCUCUAAUCUAAUCCUCAUCGACGUUCGCGAACCCGCCGAACUCAGCAGCACCGGCAUCAUCCCCGGCGCCGUCUCGGUCCCGUUAGCCUCGCAGCCCGAUGCAUAUUUCUUGUCGCCGGACGAAUUCGAGACGAGAUUUGGAUUCCCGAAACCGGGGUCUGAGCAAGGAAUUAUUAGCAAGAAGAAGGAAAUUGUGUUUUAUUGUAAAGCCGGUGUGAGAGCGAGGGCGGCCGCGCAGUUGGCUGUGCAGUCUGGUUAUGAUGCGGCUAGUGUGCGUGUAUAUGAUGGGAGUUGGUUGGAUUGGAUGGAUAAGGGGGGUAAGGUUGAUAAGUGGGAAGGCAAUGAAUAG